AUGGAUUACGUUCAAGCAAAAUGGGGAAAAACAGAAGAGGCAAAAGAGAAACGUAAUCAAAUUCUCCAAAAACGUCAAAUUAUCGGAUUAUCAGAUUAUGGUCAAGAUAAUUUCUACUUUGCCCAAGUCAGUGUAGGAACGCCAAAGCAAAAUUUUGACGUAAUCCUUGAUACGGGUAGUGCUGAUUUCUGGUUGGUGGAUACGGAUUGUACAAGUUCACAAUGCGAUGGAUCUGCAUUGUUCAACCCUAGCGCAUCCAGCACUUAUCAUGCAUCCAGCAAUCCAUUCCAAAUCACUUAUGGUACAGGAGCAGUAAAAGGUACAUUGUCUGCUGAUACCGUUUCUUUGGCAGGAUACACUGUCGAUAAUCAAACAUUUGCAGUCGCCACUCAAUUAGCACCUCAAAGUUUACAAGCACCAACUUCAGGUAUUAUGGGAAUGGGUUUCCAAGCACUUGCACAAUCACGAGCAACGCCUUUUUGGGAAGUUUUGGUACAACAAAACAAGCUCAAGACAAACGCAUUCACUUUCCAAUUAGCACGUAACUCAAGAACAGCAACUUCAAAUUCUCAAAUCUCUCCCGGAGGUGUUUUCACAUUGGGUGAAAUUGAUCAAAGUCAAUAUUCGGGUAAUAUCAAUUACGUCGACCUUUCUAAUCAAGAAGGUUAUUGGACCGUUCCAUUACAAGCUCUUAGCGUUGAUGGUCAAAAUGGAAACAUUAACGGAGACGGUACUUCUGCUAUUGAUACCGGUACAACAUUGAUCAUUGCACCUCCAAGUGUUGCCGAACAAAUUUAUGAACAAGUUCCAGGCGCAAAUCCUGUUAGCAGUGGCUUUGGCUCAAGCAGUCAGGGAAUGUAUUCAAUCCCUUGUUCGUCAAGUGUUAACAUCUCUUUAACCUUUGGCGGUCAACAAUAUUCCAUCAAUCCUGCUGAUAUGAAUGCAGGUGCACUUGAUUCAAGUGGACAAAAUUGUUUAGGUGGCAUUUUGGGAUCCGAUCUUGGAAGUGGAGCACCUAAUUUCAUUGUUGGAGAUGUUUUCCUCAAGAACGUCUUUAGUGUUUAUCAAUAUUCUCCUGCUGCCGUCGGUUUUGCCGCAUUGAAAGGACAAGCAGCACAAACUGCUUCAACCACUUCGGGAGCGGUUAAAAUUGGAUCAAACACAGCCGCUGCAGCAAGUGCAUCUUCAUCUUCUGGUGGUAGUGGUGGUGGUCUUCCUCCUUUGUUCAGUUCAAUUCUUUCUGGUUCAGGUAGUGGUUCAUCAUUGGCUGCAGGUUCAGGUUUGCCUUCUCCAAGUGCGGCUGCCAGUGUUUCAGCUUCUUCACCUUCUCUUACACCCGCAAACGGAGCUGAUUCGAAUAAUUCAGGUUCUCUGCAAAGUUCCGGUACGAAAACUAUUGUUACCAAUCAAGUUGUUGGACUGAUGACGAUGUUCUUUGCUUUGAUUUGUGGAAUGGCUAUUGCUUUCUAA